AGCGCGACGUAUGCCAUGAGCGAUACGUCGGAAGAGGAGGAAUAUGAGGCGAAGUAUACCCCUGGAUCUCGGAAACGGCGGCGUGUGGUUUCGGACGACAGUGACGAGGACACCGACGACGAAGACGACUACAGGCCUCGCAUGCGCUCAUCCUCCAUGCCGCGUAAACGGUUUCGUCUUGAGCCUGAUUCUGAGCAGUCUGACGGGUCUGAGGACGAAGGGUUAGGUGUCGCCGUCCGCAACCCUACUCGCGCGAGAGGAGAUACCUCCCAUGUGAGGAGGCCUUGGGUACAGGACAAUGUCAAAGUCGUCAUCCCUCUCCGUGCACGACCGACGAUCAAUACCCGCCCUCCAUCCGAGUCCCCUCGCAAGAAGGGAAAGGACAUCGUCGAAGUGGUCAUCGAUGUUCCCAAAAGAUCGGUUACUAACCAGGGGACAAGCGUUACGCCCAGGUAUAAGAGUCACCCCAAGCACACAGUGGAGGUCGUCAUCCCCAUGCGUCAGCCGAAGUUCUGCAACGCGCCCGUUCCAACACCUGAAAGGAGAAGCGGGAGUCACGACCCCGGUGAUGAGGAUGACGAUAUUGUCGAGAUCUCCCGGAUGAGUUUGGGGAAGCGUUUUUAGAAAUCGAUGAUGUGUUCCAGGAGGAGAAAGAAAAGGAAGAGAAGCCGGAUAUCUACAUCUGGGAUGUGAUCUCUGGCAACUCUCGUCUCGAAAGCGCCGUUCCAAAGGACUUCCUUAUCCCCCCGAAUUGUCCCAAGACCACCGCUGGAGCUGUCCAAAGUGGACUUGUCAGUUCCAAGUGAACCUCGACGACCUCACCGAAGAAGCGCUCGAGCAUGUCACUGCAGCCGACUUCCUCAAACUGAGGAAAGGCUACAAAGGCCCAGCACCUGACCGGGCACGUAUUGUGCGACGUAUUGUGGAUAAACACUAUCUGAAACAAGUGCCCGGUUUGGCACGGCUUCUUCCGGAAGAGGUUUAGUGUCUGGCUUGUCUAAUCUGACUUUCAAACCCGCAAGGACUCUGUUGCAUGUUGUGUUUUUAGAUUAUUUUCAUCGUACUUGUUGUCAUCAGGUAACCAGUCCGCCAUUGUUGGAUUGAACAGUUUACGCGCCAUGUUAUUUUCGUUUUUGCGCUCAU